UCAUCUUAGUAUUGCCUUCAUGUACUCUAGCGGCUAAUUUUGUUGGCCUUUGCUAGGUUGUGCAAUCCAUUUAUAUAGAAUUAGAAUAUUAGGGUGUAAUGCAAUUUGGUCAUGCGUUAAAUGACAGAUUGAUAUUGUGUCAAGCCUAGUAUUAUUUUCAUGUGCUUCAGCGGCUGACUCAUGCUUUAAGGCAAUGUGACCAAAUUAGUCGCCAAAACUGAGGAUAUGAAUUAACGGACACCCGCCAAAGCCCUAAAGCUAGGAUCUUUCCUGCAAUAAUACCUACAGGUUCUCCCAAUUCUGUUUCAUGACUGGAACAGGAAAUACUUAAGAGCACUGCUCUUCCACUAGAUGAAGUUGACUCGAGUUAGGGUGGUUUGCUGGGCUACAACUGUGGUUAUUGUUGGUCCAGCACUAUUUUAAGUAACCACAUGAUAAGAAGGAUUGAAAUUGACGGGUUGAUUGUCGUUUCUCAUUGGAUUAGAAGGUCUCACAUUCCAAAAGAUCAAAUGCAAUUCCUUGCGCUUUUCUGCCUUGACAUUUCUUGUCAGGUUAGUAAGAUGUCUUACCCUCAUUAUUGUCUCGGAGAAAAAAUGCAGAGAGUCAGAGAAUUACUGCAGUUUGGAGGAUUUGGGGACACCGAAUAUUUGCAGAGGACACUUGCAAAGAAAUUUCAACAGAUGGAACGCAGUUUCAAGGAAGUUGCCCAGAUGCCUUUCUCUUCUAUUUCAAAAAAGAUACUUUGAUGACUCUGAAUUUGCUUCAGAUCAUAUUUCCUUCCAAAUACCUGACGAGUCUUUUUUAGAUGUAACAAAUUGUAUAGCAAUAGUGUGAGGACUUACCAAUGAUUUAAGCAAUGUGAAGCGGGGAAGACCUUUGGAAGGAUCUUGUUGUGCAUCCGUCCUGGUCACUGUUGUGUGGAUUUGGCUCUAUAUAAGGAACAUCAAAUUGUUAUGUUGCUAAAUAAGAUGAAUGAUACUCGCGAAAACUUGGGAGAUACCAGGAUGACGAUCUUGCUGGCCAGUGACCUUGCAUCUGUGCAUAUUGCAGGAACUGCUUGUGCAAAUAACUGGGAGUUGUACCAAUUGAAGGACCCUAUCUUGCGCCUGGAGAUGGAGAAUGAGAAGCUUCGCAGCAUUCCCCAUACUGUAGUUCCUCUCUUGUCAGUUAGUGCAAGUAGAGGUGUGGCUUGUGUUUUAGCUGCAAGAAUGCAGGCCCUGGUCUACAUACUGGACGAGGAUGAAGAUGAAAUUUCUGAUUCAGAAUGACGGUUUGUUCAAGAAUUUGUGGUGGUUAUGCCCGUGUCAUUCCAGUGGG